AUGUCGUUGAUUUCCAAGAACAAAUUACCAAUCGUCGAUGUUUCGAUCAAGGUUCCUAGGGAGGAUGAUCCGAAGUAUCGAGCGUGGCUAAAGUGCAAUAAUCUUGUGCUUUCUUGGUUGCAACGAACCCUAAGUUCUGAAUUUAGGCAAAGCAUGAUUUGGAUCGAUUAUGCUUACAAUCUUUGGGCAGAUCUUUUUGAUCGGUUCUCUCAAGGAGAUUUUAUGCGAAUUUGUUAUCUACAACAAGAUUUUUUUUCUUUGCAGCAAGGUACGCUGUCUGUCACCGCUUAUUAUACGCAGUUGAAAAUUGUGUGGGAUGAAAUGUGCAAUUUGCGACCCUUGAAUACGUGCGAUUGUUCUGUUAGAGAGUAUAGGAAACAAGAUUUUAUUCUCAAAUUCUUGAAAGGGUUGAAUGAGAGUUUUUCUGUUCAGAGAUCUCAAAUCCUUAUGAUGAAACCUAUGCCUACUAUAAACGAGAUAUUUUCCAUUGUUGUUCAGCAUGAAAGGUCUGUUAGCGUUACUGUUUCUGUCGAUGAAUCUAAUAUACUACUUGCUAGAAGGUAUAUGUCUAGUAAUAAGAAUGUACAAAUGGAUGACUCUGGAAACAAUUAUAACUCGAAGAGAUCUUUCAAUUCUGGUAAAAAGCCCACCUGCACAUAUUGUGGCAUAAAUGGGCAUUUUGUGGAUAAAUGCUAUCGCAAGCAUGGUUUCCCACCUGGUUAUAAGAGUUCUAAUCGACUACACACUGGCAAAGCAAGUCGGGUUUCUAAUUUUGACAACCAAGAACCUGUAGCUUCUAGGGGUGUAUUCGAUUCGGUUUGGUUCGAAAGAGAGGUUGCACAAAUUUCAGCUUCUCAGGUCAAUGCUCUCUCUUCUGUUUUUGAUGCACCAGCAGCAUCUGGCUCAGAUUCAGAAGCUACUGAUCACAUUGUGAACUCUAUUAGUUUUUUUAGUGAAUGUUCUCCUGUUGAUGGAUUUGAAACUCCGGAAGACGAUUGUCAGUCUGUUUCCAGUGUUUGUUUUGAUUUAAUUCAUAUGGAUGUAUGGAGUCCUUUUCCUGUUAAGAGCAUCUAUGGACACACUUAUUUCUCAACUGUGGUGUAUGGUAAAAGUAGAUUUUUAUGGAUCUUCCCUAUGAAAGCAAAGUCUGAGGUAAUUCGACUCCUUUUCAGGUUCUAUAUCAGAAGAAGCCUGUUUUGGAUCAUCUUAUGUUUAGAUUUUGCUUCUUUCCUACCUAAGCCAAGAACAAAAAUGCAUCUGAGGGCUGUUAAGUGUGUUUUUCUUGGGUUUCCUAAGAAUAUUAAAGGUUUUAGGCUUUAUGACUUGGAAAACAAAUAUGUUUUUGUUUCAAGAGAUGUUUUUACUGAAAAUAGUUUUCCUUUUAGAGAUAAUCUGAGUUGUUCUUCUCCUUCAAAUAUUGUGUUGCCUGCUUAUUCUGAUGACAUGUUGUUUGAAGAUGUUGUCUAUUCAGGUGGGCCACCUGACGAGGUUCAACCUGUUGUUGGUCCAUCUGUAUAUCCUUCUGCUGAAGUGCUUCAUAGUACAGGUCCUGAAGUACCUCCUCUUGUGAUUCCUUCUACUGCAGCUUCCAAAGAGGUACUUCCUCAAUCCACUAUACCUUCUAGGAACAUUCAGUUACCUAAAAAAUAUAAGGAUUUAAAAGUAUCUCUGCCUAAAACCAGAACUACCUCUCACAGUAUUGCUCAGGUGCUUUCCUAUGACAAGUUUUCUUGUAGCCAUAAGUCUCAUCUCUGUAGUGCUUCUAUACUUACUAAACCUAAGACUUAUAGUCAGGCUGUUAAACAUUAA